GGUUGGUCGGUCAUUUUUGCGUUUGCAGGCUAUGGUGAUGAAUGGCGUCGUUGCCGACGACUCUUGCACCAAACUUUCCGUCCUGACUCUGCACCCAAGUUUCGUCCAAUGCAGAUCAAGCGCGCGCAUGAGAUGAUCAAUCUAAUUAAUGACCCUCAUUGUCACUUUGCAACGUCAGUCUAUGUGUUUGUAAACUACUAA